ACGCAGCGCAGCGGAUGAUUUGGAUGGGCAGAGGUGGGCUGCUGAAAAAGCUUCCUGAGAGAUAAGGGGCUGUAACAACAGUGUACCCCACUGAAGAUAGCUAAAAGGCCGGUGUCCCGCUGACCAGAACCUGUGUACAUACUGUACAGUGUUUUUUGCACCCUGCAACAAUGCCUCCAAAACACAAAUCUGAUGCAAGUGCUGGUGAGACAGCAAAGAAAAGAAAAACCAUCACCAUGGAAGAAAAAGUAGAAAUAAUAAAGAGAUCAGAGAGAGGUGAAAAACCAUCAUCCAUUGGCAGAGCAUGUGGUUACAGUCGGUCAACAAUCGCAACAAUUUUAAAAGAUAAAGAUAGAGUAAUGGAGCAUGUGAAAGGCCAUACCCCAAUGAAUGCUACGAUUAUUACCAAGCAACGCAGUGGUUUAAUUAUCGAGAUGGAAAGGCUGCUGACAAUUUGGAUAGAAGACCAAAAUCAGCGUAAUCUACCUAUCAGUCUUUCUUUAGUGCAGGAAAAGGCUCGAAGCCUUUUCAAUGAUUUAAAAGCUACUCAUACAGCAAGUGAAGGUGAUUUCAAUGAAGAAUUUGUUGCAAGUAAGGGUUGGUUCAAUCGCUUUAAAAAAAGAGCAAAUUUGCAUAAUAUUAAAGUUCAAGGUGAAGCAGCGAGUGCCGAUGUCAGUGCUGCAAGUUCUUUUCCCAAGAUAUUGGAAGAUAUUAUUGACGAUGGAGGCUAUUUGCCAGAACAAAUCUUUAAUGUAGACGAAACUGGCUUGUUUUGGAAAAAAAUGCCUGAGAGGACAUACAUUUCGAAAGAGGAAAAAAGUGCACCAGGACAUAAGGCAUCAAAGGACAACAUUCCUUUCAAAAUUCUCCUUCUCCUUGACAAUGCCCCUGGACAUCCAAACACUUUAGAUGACAUGCACCCCAAUGUAAAGGUGGUAUUUCUACCCCCCAACACCACAUCACUAAUUCAGCCAAUGGCUCAGGGAGUCAUAGCCUCCUUUAAGGCCUAUUAUUUAAGGAGGGCAUUCUCACAAGCUGUCAGGGCUACCCAAAAGGAUGAAAUGACCUUAAGGGAUUUCUGGAAAAGUUAUAACAUUUAUGAUGCCAUCAACAAUAUUGCUGAUGCUUGGGAUGAAGUGAAAGAGACAAAUAUGAGAGGAGUUUGGAACAAAUUGUGCCCCCAAUUCACAGAAGAAUUUCUGGGGUUUACAGAUGAGGAAAUCGCCGAAACCAGGCAAGCUGUGGUUGCUAUUGGUAAUGAACUGCAGUUGGACAUCACUGAAAAUGAUAUUAUAGAGUUACUCGACUCCCAUGGCAAAGAACUAACCAAUGAAGACCUUAUGGAACUAGAGCAGCAGAUAGAAUCUAGGGAAGAAAACCAGGACCUACAAACUCCACAAUUGAAAAAAUUUUCUACAAAAGAGUUAGCUGAUGCUUUUCAAAGGAGUAAGAUCCUGAUACAGAGAGGUUCAAAAAAGUUUACUGCACAGUUACCGAAGGUCUGA